CAUAUGCCGGUCGUUGUACCCAGUUCGAGAUCAACUUCAGGGUUUAGGAGAUUAUCUUAACGCGAGUGCAUUUUCUGCUAGGCAACCAAGCCCAGAUCGAAGACAAAAGUUGGUGGUCUGGAACAACUCAGGGACACAACCAAAUGAAGUAAUUAAGGCCAUCACGCGUAUGUUAUUGUUCGCAGAGGGAAGCCGGGUCGUGGAGGUUUUUCCUCAUCACGAUGUUUUUAAAGCAUAAUCAAGUUAUGUCACUAUCUAAACGCAAUCAGCUUCCAGACACACGUACUCCAGUAUACAUCGACAUUUUACCAGAGUCUAGCUCAUGGUCGAGGAGCCCGAGCUCAUCCUCAGGUUCAUCUGCCCUGCCAUCUUUUCCAUCGAAGUCUCCCCAAGUUGUUACUCCAUUUCACCCCUCCUUGAACAUGCCGCGUCGCAUGAGGGACAUCGAUCCCACAGUAACCUUUGUCUCGUCCUCUGUUUUCAUUGGCAAGUCAUCCUAUAUAAUUGUAUUGGAUGGUGCGCCCAUACACAGCGAGGACACGAAGCUCGAAUGUGUUGGACCAUAUUUGACCAGUCCUCUAACCCUGUCCGGUGACGGUCCAUUGCUCUACAGCACGACCUUAGUUCCUAAAUUCUGGGAAAUCUUGUGCAGAUCCCCAGAUCCCACUAUGUACACUAUCAUUCAGGAUGUGUAUCGUCGAGAUUCAACACUCCUCGGAAGCUCUUUAGGUCGUCCGCGCUCUGUUCUUAUCUUCUCUGCUAGAUACCACUUCCGGUACCCAGUCCAUGUAUCCACGCCCCCAUCUUCCCUGACACCACACAUCCCAUAUCAUGUCAAUUCGUCUUUCACCGCGAACGUUAAUUGUGCUCAUCCCAAUUCACUCGAGCCUAACUGUCCACGCAAUCACAUGCCUCUAAACCUCUUGGGUCAAGACGGCCCCCAGCCGUACGAAAACAACAUGCAAAGCCAGCUGUAUAGACAAUGCAUCCCGGACGUCAGACUAGGGGACUUUUCCCUCCCUGACUCCAUGAUGAACAACCACGACUCGCCUGCUGCCACAUCGAAAGAGAUGAUGGCACGGUCGUCAUUCUCAAGCUUCCCAAAUGAUAUCCGUAAUUAUCUGUAGGAAAGUAGUGCGCAUGUAACAGUGGGAUUACUCUAUGUAUGCUGACAUUCUAUGUAUAAAGUUGUUACAAUCAAACUGAGCCCUGUAGGUCCUACCAAUAGUAUUCGCCCAGAAGCGCUGAGAACUUUGAAAAACGUGUUGGGACGUAAUGAUGUUUUGUUUACUGUGUGCUUGUUAUUCUAGACAUUUGAAAUCUCCGGC